AUGCAUUCCCACCCACAGGUCCAAAAAUCACCGGAGACCUAUCCUCUCCAUUUUCUACCAUCACCGCUCCCCCAACCCAACUCUAACCCCUCGUUCAUGACUGGCACCCGUCGCCCAGGACCUAUGAUGGACAGUCGCCGACGACGCCAGCUGUUUUGGUCCUAUGCCCCAGACUGGAUUGUCACCAUCGGUUUAGCGGCCAUCUUCAUUGGACUCAGCAACGUGCCGGGCUUCAAGAGAGACUUCUCUCUACAGGAUCAGACAUUGUAUCACCCGUUUGCGGUCCACGAACGCGUACCGGACUGGGCAUUAUACAUAAUUUGCGGUGUUGCGCCGCUAACUUUGCAACCGAUAAUCAACCUUCUGAGCGUGCGCUCAUGGUGGGACCUGCACAACAGCGUAUUGGGGCUGGCUCUCUCGCUUUCUAUGACCGGUGUGAUCACUCAGUUUGUCAAGAUGACCGUAGGUCGCCCUCGACCCGACUUGAUAGCACGUUGCAUACCUGCGGCAGGCGCUGUUGACCCGCCAUAUGGGCUUGCCACGGUAACCAUCUGCACACAGACCAACAAAGCCAUGUUGAAGGACGGGUGGAUGAGUUUUCCUAGUGGUCACUCCAGCUUGUCGUUUGCGGGACUCGGCUUCCUUGCAUUCUACCUAUCUGGCAAACUGCAUCUUUUCGACCACAGGGGAUGCGCACCCAAAGCUUGGCUGGCACUUACCCCGCUAUCCGGCGCAGCGCUGGUAGCUAUCUCGCGUACGAUGGAUUAUCGACACCAUGCAACGGAUGUCUUAGCGGGAUCUUUGCUGGGCAUAAUUGUGGCGUACUUUUCGUACCGCCAGUACUAUCCUUCGCUCGCGUCUGAGCACUGCCAGAAGCCAUACUCCCCUCGCAUAAAAAACCGCGGGGAGAUCUUGCCAAUGCAUCGCCGCAGUCAAUCGAAUCUUCCGACCGAUCCCCUGACAGCCGAUGGCGAUCGGUACACCGACGAACGUCUCAGCGAAGAAUUCCAAGAGUUAGCGAAUGAAACGGUGCCGAGGGACGAGGAUGGUCACGAGAUUGAAAUGCCGAAAAAUGACAGAGUCCCUUCACCUACGUCGAGGGAUUUGAUGGUUUGA